GGAGGACCAUUUAGCAUCACUUAUUGUUGGAGUAAAGGAAAGGAGCACGCUGAUUUCAGGAGAAAUGACUUUCUAAAUGGACAGGUGCUUGUGGUGAUGACAGCUCACAAGUCCCGUGGUUCUGCCCCUUUCGUCAUGAAUUCUUGGGAAGACCAGCUGAAAACUUUGGGAAUAGAGGUGACAGAAGACCAGUGGGAAACUUUGAUUCAACGAGCUGUGCUGGAGCCAAAAAUGAGAACGUAUCUAUCGUAUAACUCCAGAGGGUUGAGGAUGGCCAUUGCUGCUGUUGUCUACGUGACUCUCUGGAUCAACCUUUAUUCUGUCCUGCAAAUUUUUUCAGUCGGACAGUCUUGGAAAGUCAUUGUUUUGGUUACUCUCGUCGCCUUGGUGAUCGCUGUGGUCAUCCAAGUCAUAAUACGUCACUAUCAAGGAAAGAUGAAUGUGAAUACAGAUAUGAGGCUAAUGGCUGCCAACGAAGCCUUCAUGAAAUUUGAUUUCCUGGUAGGGAUGACAAAUAUUUCGGACAAGAAUUGUGCUGUCCCACAGUUGUGGUUUGUUCAUUUCGACGUUGGACCCUGCCUUCAGUCUUUGACGGACUCUCUGCUCACGCUGAAAAGAAGUCAGGAGUCUGCUCUGAAGCGCAACCUGGAGCACGUCAGCAUCAUGGUGGAGACAACUCUCUCGCCAAGUUGGGAAGACCAACCCAACGACUCUUUGGAAGACACUUCGCUGUUGCCAGAGACAAAGGAGGGCAAUCAGAACUCGGUGGCGCACCGAGAAUUCCUCCAUCUUGUCUCAGACAGAGCUCCGGAGACAAUGGCCCAGCAGCUCUUGACGGUUUUCAGCAGCUAUUAUGUCAGGCUUUUUGUCAGUGGCCAGCUUCCAGAAGUCCAUAUGGGGCAGCACACAACUCUCGCCCACAAGCCUUGUCUCUGCCAGUUUGUAAAGACUACAAUGCUGGGAAAAGAAUGCUGUGGAUUCCAACAGAGGUGUUAGCAGCCAAGGGUCUCAAUCAUCAAAGACUGAAGAAUCAGAAGUCUGAGGGAACGAAGGACGCUGUGCCUUCCACACUCCCUCUGUUACGUAGCUGCCACCAUCCCUGGCUCAUAGUUCUGCACACAAAAGAACUAGGUCUAAAAAAAUAUUCUUGGGAAUGUUGGCACCUUCUUCUAAGGAGAGAUUAUAUUAUAGUUGGGUCAGGAUCUGUCUCUGACUGAUAAGAAGGGUUUCGCCACGUGAUAUACUGUUUUGCUGGUCUCUGGAUUGGACCUUCAUGCAUUGGUGGCUGCCCAGAGUUGUGAG